GGUAUUCCUCACAUGGACUCGCCAAGGUGCUCAUGCGAUACAAUAUCUUCACUCUCUUGAUAUAAUUCACCGGGAUAUGAAAUCACUAAAUGUUCUGAUUACGAGUGAAGAUAACUUAAAAAUUUGCGACUUUGGAAUUUCUCGUAUCUCUGAUGAAACGAUUGACACAAGAAACUCUAUCGGAUCAAAACCAUGGAUGGCACCUGAAAAUUUGGAACCUAAUGCAAAACUUUCAAAGCGCUCAGAUAUCUACGCGUAUGGUGUUGUAAUUUGGGAAAUGUGGACUUGUGAAUCUCCGAAAGAGAAGCGAAUGGAUAAUUGGACAUACCCACUUGAUGACAGGGCACCAACGGAGCUUCAGCAACUGCUUCUAAAGUGCUGGAAAAAAGAGAGAGACAAACGACCUUCAGUACAAGAAAUCUUGGAGGUCACGAAGACCUUGGCUCAUAACGAGAAUAUUGACGUUCGAGAUUUUAUGAACGAUUCAGAUAGCAGACCUAUGUCAGAUAAAAGAGAUGUGGUACCUGAAGAACAGCAAUUACAACAGGAUUUAGAUAGCAGACCUAUGUCAGAUAAAAGAGAUGUGGUACCUGAAGAACAGCAAUUACAACAGGAUUCAGAUAGCAGACCUAUGUCAGAUAAAAGAGAUGUGGUACCUGAAGAACAGCAAUUACAACAGGCAAAAAAUCUUAACAAAAGGCUCACAGAAAAGCAUUUGAAUAAAAUUUCGAGGGAGCUUGGUCGUGGCUGGGAAGGCGUUGCUCGAAGCUUGGGAGUCACAUCAGUAGAGAUCGAUCAUGCUAAGGAAGAGAACGGAACUACACGCGAGAAGAUCUUUGCCGCAUUUAACAAAAUGCGGAAACGCAAGUCAUCUAAGUCAGAUUUUGUUAGAAUCGUCGAUGUUAUCGAAGCCUGCAAGGAAGAAAAAACGGACAUAUCAGUGUACGGAUUUCUCUAUAAUGAAUAAAAUGUGUCAGUAAAUUAAUAUCUCUCCUGAAGUUAGAUAAGUUACCAGUAGCAUACGGCGAAAGGAAACAGGGUACUACACUACAUACACUAGCUAAAAUUCAAAGACAAUUUAUUUACUACGCCUUUUCCCGUUUUCUUGGUUUUCACAAUUCAUCGAAUGGCUAACCAAUUAUUAAUCCUAUAUAUUUUAGGUCCCAUAACAAUAUUAAUUACCCUUAGCCUCUUGAAAUAUUAAUAAUUAAUAUUGUGUUUAUUACACGAGCCAAACUAGAGUCGUUUUUCAAGUUUCAAAAAAAUUGGUGGUUUGUACGAAGCUUUGAACCCGACAUUCUGGGAAGGCAAGUAUGGUAAUUAACCAUCAAGCUACUGCUUUACUUGCGCAUCUGUGUGUGUUAAAGGUCAAGAAAUAUCAAUUUAACCUCAGAAUAUUAUGCUUAUUCAUAUUCCAAACAUGCUUUAUGAUCGGACCUGUUAAUGAUAGGCUAUAUUAAUUUUGUUUUUGGCUUGACCUUCGACGUGCAUUAUGUGAAGUUUUUUGGGGAAUAUUUUUGUGUUAAGUAUUUUUUUUUCAAAGAAUUAUGCUUUACUGAAAAUGAUUAAUUAUGUGAUAAAAUUGUAUUUGAUGAGUUGUCAUAGAAUUGUUUCUUUUUUUAACCCCUUGCAAUAUUUAAACUAAUAAAAGUAUGCAGUUUUUGAAUUUUUUUAGUUCACAUGUGGAAAUUGAUGUUCAAAUUGGAACGUGUAUAAUUCGCUAAUAAACAUGUAUUCAAAUCUGUAAAUAUUUUUGGUUUUAAAAAAUGGGACACUUAGUAUUGAAACUUAAAAAAUGUAUUGACAGUUAUCAUGGAAUUUGACAGUAAUCAUUUACAAUUCCAGUUCAAUAUCACCAGUUUUAAAUUACAAAAUACAGACGCAGUUCCAAUUAGGUUAUUCUGUUGUUAUAUUGUGUGCACUGCUAUAGUUUUAUUAAUACUGUAUGUCAACAAUUUCUUGCCACUGUUUAUAGCACGGGAAUUUGUUGAAUUGCAUUUAGUAUGUUAAGUCUUUCUGCUUGGCUGUAGGCCUACUAGUUCAUUAUAAUAAUAGCAGCUUUUGCUAUACUGUAACUACAAGUGUUGAAAUUUCUUGUUUGUAAUUUGGUUUUUAUCCUUAAUUCAGGAUUUAAAUCAAAUCAGAUAAU